AUUCAUUUUAUUCGGUAGAUUUGGUGGAGUGCGGACCUAUUUGAAAGUGAUGGAAAAUACAUCCAGGAAAAAAGUGGUUUCCUGCAGGCUGGUGCCCCACCAGGAUAGUGGAAGAGUACGGUGGUGUGUUGGUCAUCAGCAAAAGUGGCAAAAAUGGUUGAAACGUCUGGCGCUUGUCCCAAUAAUACUUUUACCAAUCGUGGUAGUCCUCAUACUAAUCACAAAGUAUAACAUUGGAGGAAAUCCAGAGCCUGGAUCACAUUCCCAAAACCUUUCCCUUGUGAAUAACAUUUCUCUAAGUUCAGACGUAAAGACCCGAUAUAAAAGAUGCGCAAUACCAGAAAAAAGAUUUUUACACCUUUUUAAACAUUGUUACAAACUUUACCGGAAACUUCAUCCAGACAGAGAAUUAUUUUUGGAAACUGAGAUCAACAGAGCACCAAAACUCGAUUACCUCGACGAAAAUCCGCCGUAUUUCCGAAGCAACUUUCUCGCUUACUUCAGAGAAAAUCAAGACAAACAUCGAAAGCUGAAAAACUGUUUUAACAAGUUUUGGAUCUCGUAUAAAAAGUCGACUGUGUUUCAGCAGCGAAAAAGAUACAAAAGGAAUAACACUAAACAAGAUAUAUUGAAUGAAAGUCCGAUGGAAUUAAGCAACGCUGUAAGAAAUGUAUGGACUAACAGCUAUAACUUACAAGAAGUCAGAGAAGAGCAAAGUAAAUUAAUGAGAAAAUAUAUGAAUUUUUCCGUAAAUCCGUGCGACAACUUUUACGAAUAUGCAUGCGGAAACUGGAAAAAAUAUUUCGAAAUUCCUCCAGACAAAACAGUAUUCGAUACUUUUGAAAUGGUUAGAGAAAGGUUGUACUUGGUGUUGAAGGAACUUUUAGACAGCAAUGUCGAAAUUGAGACUGCAGAUGUUGAUAAGUCGAGCUACCAUAAUGCAAAAGACUUCAUAGAAGAAAAUUAUGUGAUAUAUGAUGAUUCCGAUGCUAUUAUCAAGGCCAAAAGGUUUUACAAAUCUUGCAUGAACAAAGAGAAAAUCGACAAAAGAGGAGAAAAACCACUAAAAAAACUAUUAGAAGGGUUGGGUGGAUGGCCACUAGCGAGCCCUGAGUGGAAUAAAGAUGAUUUUGAUUUAAUGUGGGUUCUUUCUAGACUUAGGUUGCUUAACAAUGAUAUUUUGAUUUCCCAAUGGAUCGGUCCUGAUAUAAAGGACUCUAACAAGCACAUCAUACACAUUGACCAGACUACAUUGGGACUCCCAAAUAGAGACUAUUUUCUUGAUCCAAGUAACUCUAGAUUCACUAAAGCAUAUAAAUCGUUCAUUUUAUCGGUGGCCUACUUGUUGGGUGCUCAAACUAGUGUCGCCCUCCAAGACGUGAAUGAUCUAGUUGAGUUUGAAACGAAAUUAGCGUCUAUAUUGUCGCCAUGGGAAGAAAGAAGAAACCUUACCGACAUAUAUCAAAGAUUUACUAUCGAAACAUUGAUGGUGCGUUAUCCAGAUUUUGCUUGGUCAAACUAUUUUACCACUAUUUUAGGUAAAGAAAUUGAUUUGAAAUCAACAGUUGCAUGCUAUUGCGCAAGAUAUAUACGCCAACUAUUAAAUCUCUUAAGUAAAACUAAUCCAAGAGUUAUUCAAAAUUAUUUAUUAUGGCGUUUUAUAAGGCAUAGGAUUAACCAUUUGGACCAUCGGUUCAAGGAGACCGAGCAAAAGUUUUUCCAAGCCCUCUUGGGUAGAGAACAGCAACCGCCCAGAUGGCAAUUCUGUGUUAGCCAAACCAACAUGCACUUGGGUAUGGCUGUCGGGGCGCUAUUUGUUAAACAUUAUUUUGACGAAACCAGCAAAGUCGACACAAUUGCAAUCACUGAAGAAAUUAUGCAUAGUUUCACUAGCACAUUACGUGAGAAGCACUGGUUGGACGAUGAGACGAAAAACUUCGCAGAGAUGAAAAUUAAAAAUAUGAAUAGGAAAAUUGGGUUUCCGAACUUCCUGCUAAAUCAAACCUCAUUGAAUUUAUUCUACAAUGACGUGAAAAUAGAAGAGCAGUUUUUUUUUGAAAACGUCCUUAGCGUGCUGCGGCACGCAAGCAGGCAGGAUCGGCAGAAAGUGGGUUUGGCUGUGGACAAGUCGCUUUGGAGUACAGCGCCUGCGGUUAUAAAUGCUUAUUACAGCAGAAAUAAAAACCAAAUAAUGUUUCCAGCUGGAAUUCUGCAGCCACCGUUUUAUCACAAGUUCUUUCCGAAGUCCUUGAAUUUUGGGGGCAUUGGAGUGGUGAUCGGACAUGAAAUCACUCACGCCUUUGACGAUAAAGGACGAUUAUUUGAUCACGAGGGUAAUUUGCAACUUUGGUGGACCAAUGAUGCCAUUGAGAAGUUUUUUCAAAAAUCCCAAUGCAUUAUAGAUCAGUAUGGGCAGUAUGUGCUGCCGGGAAUGCAAGCACCCCUCGAUGGCGUAAUAACUCAGGGAGAAAAUAUCGCCGAUAAUGGAGGUCUGAAGCAGUCGUUUAAGGCUUAUCAACUAUGGGCUUUGAAUAAUACGCAUGCAGAUGAAACUCUGCCAGGCUUAACCAUGACCGGUGCUCAGCUAUUUUUCUUGAAUUUUGCUCAGGUCUGGUGUGGAAAACAGAGAAUCGAAAGCGCACGGAACCAAUUAAAAACGUCCGUUCAUGCACCGGGAAUGUUUCGAGUGAUCGGGGCAUUAAGCAACUCCGCCGAAUUUGCCGACGUGUUUAGUUGCCCGAGCGGUUCGCCAAUGAAUCCAGAAAAAAAAUGUGAUUUAUGGUAAAUUACUUUUAACCAAUUAUCACGUUUCUAUGGAAUACUAGGAUAUCUAUUAUCAAUAUUUUAAGACAAAUAUGUUGUGAAUAAAACUGUUUGUUUAUUGAC